UUUCCCACCACAAGUCCACAACCUUGGACCAACGUUGUCCCAACGUUUCCCACGACAAGCCAACAGCGUUGUCCCAACGUUGUCCCAACGUUUCCCACCACAAGCCAACAGCGUUGUCCCAACGUUGUCCCAACGUUUCCCACGACAAGCCAACAGCGUUGUCCCGUCUCCCUGGGCGGGCGCUGGGAGGGAUCGUCGCGAGGGGAGGCGGCGGCGGCGAUUGGAGGGAUGAGAGGGGCCGCUGUGGGCAGCGCCGUGGGAGAGAGUUGGGGAGGUGAUGGGCGAGAGAGGCGCGUGGUUAUUCUCGCGUCGCGUCGCUGGGGGCAGCAGCAGCAGUAGCAGCAGGGGUAGCAGCAGCAGCGGCAGGAGCGAGCUGAGUGGUUGCGGCUACAGCGGCGGCGUCAGGGAUGCUCGGGGCCUGGGGCCGCGUGGGCCUGAGCUGUGGGGAGACGCGGCCCGGGUGAAGCGGGGUCGGGACAAGGGGGCCGAUCCCGACACGGGCCCCAGGGACCGGGACCAGCUGGGGCUGCUGGGCGGCGCGCGGCGCGAGAUGCUGCCGGACGAGAGCUCCGAGUGGCUGCACGAGCUUCUGCAGGAGGUGCAGCUGGAGCAGUUCUUCCUGCGCGUCCGCGACCAGCUCAACGUGACGCGCCCCGAACACUUCGACUACGUCAAGAGCGAUGACCUGGAGAAGAUCGGCAUGGGCAAGCCGGGCCAGAGGCGUCUCUGGGAAGCUGUCAAGAGGCGGAGGACUUUGUACAAGCGCAAGACCUGGAUGCCCAAGGUGUUCAUCGGCAAGCAGAGCGAGUGCCCGUCGCACCCGUCGCUCACCUUCCGCAAGGUGUCGCCCACGCCAGGGGGGCAGGAACCCCCUCCGCAGAGCCUCACGUGCCUCAUCAACGAGAAGGAGCUGCGCCUGCUGGAGAAGCUGGGCGACGGCUCCUUUGGAGUCGUGCGGCGCGGGGAGUGGUGCUCGCCCUCGGGGCAGCUGGUUCCCGUGGCGGUGAAGUGCCUGAAGACCGACAUGCUGAGCGCCCCCGAGGCGCUGGAGGACUUUGUCAAGGAGGUGAACACCAUGCACAUGCUGGACCACCCCAACCUGAUCCGCCUCUACGGGGUCAUCCUCACCUACCCCAUGAAGAUGGUCACGGAGCUGGCGCCCCUCGGCUCGCUGCUGGACCGGCUACGGCGGAACCAGGGCCGCUUCCUGCUGUCGACGCUGUGCCGCUACGCCGUGCAGGUGGCCACGGGGAUGAGCUACCUGGAGACGCGGCGCUACAUCCACCGCGACCUCGCAGCGCGCAACAUCCUCCUGGCCGCCAGCGACCUCGUCAAGAUCGGCGACUUCGGCCUCAUGAGGGCGCUGCCGCAGAACGACGACCACUACGUCAUGUCCGAGCACCGCAAGGUGCCCUUCGCCUGGUGCGCCCCCGAGAGCCUCAAGACUCGCACGUUCUCGCACGCGAGCGACACGUGGAUGUUCGGCAUCACGCUUUGGGAAAUGUUCACCUACGGCCAGGAGCCUUGGGUGGGCCUCAACGGUAGCCAGAUCCUGCACAAGAUCGACAAGGAGGGCGAGCGGCUGCCCAAGCCGGAGGACUGCCCGCAAGACAUCUACAACGUGCUGCUGCAGUGCUGGGCCCACAGGCCUGGCGACCGUCCCACAUUCAUGGCCCUCAAGGACUUCCUCAAGGAGGCCCAGCCCACAGAGAUGCGGGCACUGCAGGAUUUCCACGAAGCGGAGAAGCUUUCCAUCCAGGUGAACGACGUCAUCACGGUGCUGGAGGGGAGAGCUGAGAAUUAUUGGUGGCGUGGACAGAACAAGCGAACCCUGCAGGUGGGGCCCUUCCCGCGGAACGUGGUGACGGCCGUGGCCGGCCUCUCGGCCCACGACAUCAGCCUCCCGCUCAAGAACAGCUUCAUCCACACGGGGCAUGGCGCCGUGCGGCCCGAGAACAGCUGGGGGCACCCCGACCGCAUCGACGACCUGUACCUGGGCAACCCCAUGGAGCCACCGGACGUGCUGCAGGGAGCCAUGCUGCCCACCUCCCUGCCCGGCCGUGUCCGGAAGGAGCCCCCACCUCGCCCCCCACAGCCGGCCAUCAUGGGCAGCAGUCCACUGUACGACCCCGUGGCCGCGGAGGAAAUCGGGGAGAUCGUUCCCUCGGCCGCUCGCGAUUCCGGCGGCGCUGGCGGCGGCGGGGGCUCCGUGCCGCCAGCGACAGGCGGAGGCGGCGGCGGUGGCGGCGGCGGCGAGUCCAGCGGAGCGCGCAAACUCAACCUCAGGAGGCUGGCGCUCCCGCGGCCGCACCGCGGCGCCGCGCGCCCCUCGGCUCGCGUGGCCGCGGUCCCUUCGGAGCGGUCGCGCGACCGCACGAUGAGCGCCUUCUGCGAGGAGGUGUCGCUCAUCGACCUGAGCGACGAGGGGCCGGCGCCGCCGCGCCCGCGCUCGGCGCUCCCCUCGCUGUCCGCAGGUUCGGGCUGCCUGCUGGGCAACUCGCCCCCCGCGAGCCCCACGCGCUCCCUGCCUCGCCCCCUGCACCCCAUCUCCCUCUUGGGCCGGGAGCUCCGCUCGCCCGACGGCGCCCCUCCCUACGACUGCGUCCCCCACGAGGACGAGCGAGACGCCUGCCGCGGCGACGCGGGGUUCGCUCCCGACGGCCCCGCCGCGGGCUCCGGCCGGGGCUCCCCGUGGCCCCGCGACGGCCCGGCCUCGCCCGCGGCCCGCGGCGAGGCCAACCUGGCCUUCGAGGCCGAGGCGCCGGCUCGGCGCCCGCGCGACGACCGGGGGACGGGCGCCGGGGAGCGGGGGGGCGGGCCCGACCCGCGGCAGGCGGUGGAGCUCUUCGCCGAGCUGCAGAGGGAGUGCAUGGCCAGCCUGGAGCUGCCCGCCAACCCGUGCCUGCUGCCGCCCUCCGUCUUCGCGGCCCGAUCCUCGCUCUCCUCCACCCCGCGGCUCCCGCCCAGGGCACCCCUGGAGCCGGACGCGACGGCGCCCCGCGGGGGCGGCUGGGGCGGCCGCGCCUCCGCGGCGCCGCGCCUCCCCCCGCGAGAGUCCGCGUCGUCGCUCCCCGCGUCGUCGCUCCCCGCGUCGUCGCUCCCCGCGUCGUCGCUCCCCGCGUCGUCGCUCCCCGCGUCGUCGCUCCCCGCGUCGCGCACCCCGAGCCCCUGCGGAUUCCCGGCGGGGCCGCCGGCGGACCGGCGCGGCAGCGUGAGCUCCGCGUCGUACCCUCGGCCUACCAUCGGCGCGGGGGGAGUCGGGGGCGGCGGCGGCGGAGGCCUCGGCCUCUUCCUGCCGCUGUCGCGGUCGCACUCGGAGCUGAGCUGCGCGCGAGAGGGAACGACCCCCGACCUCUUCCCCGAGUCGCUCGGCGCUUCCGGAGCGCGAGGGCCCUGCAUCCUGCCCAUCAUGCGCGACGGCAAGCAGGUGAGCUCCACGCACUACUACCUGCUCCCCGAGCAGCCCGGAGGCGUGCCGGGAGGAGGAGGAGGAGCGAGCGGCGUGGGCGCUGUCGGGGCGGCGGGCGAAGCGGGGGGCGCGUCGCACUUCCCGGGGGCCGGGGGGGGGCAUCGCCACGGCGACGCCAGGAGGCCCGUCAUGGCCGCCGUGCGGCCGCUCGGCAUGGAGGAGCGGGGGGGCGGCGGCGGCGGCGGCGUGGUCGUCGCGACCCCGACGGUCGCGCCUCCUCCCGACGCGCGAGCCCUGAGGCUGGCGCUGCCGUCGGCGCGGGCGACCGCCGCGGGGGUCGGCGCCGUGGGACAGCGGGGCCAGCGGAGCGGCGGAGCGGGCGGCAGCUUCGGCGCCGCGGCGGAUCCGCAGACGCCCCAGGACAAGAUCGGCCAGGUGCAGCUGCUGGUCCAUGGAGUCACGACGGACGAGUGCCAGGCGGCGCUGCAGGCGCACCUGUGGGACGUGCCCCGUGCAGUGCACUACCUCAAGGUGGAGCAGCUCUUCUGUCUGGGGUUGAAAAGCCGGGCCGAGUGCGAGCGAAUCCUCGAGAAGUUCGACUGGAACCUGGAGCUGGCGAGCAGCUUCCUGCUCGGCCACUACAGCUCCCUGCGCUACCGGCGCUGACGACUCCACCGGCGGUCCGAGCGGGGCCCAGGUGGCCGGGGUGAAGGGGGACACCGCCCCGCCGGGAGUGAAGGGGGCGGGCGUCCUGCUGACGCGAGGCCGGGCGGCGGAAUUAAUGUGCCGUCGUCGCCGUGUGGCGCGGCGGCGGCCGCUGCUGCUGCUGCUGCUGCUGCGGGGCAUCCCGUAUAUUUAUUUACUGUUUGUUUAAAUAUCCAUGCCAGUUGGUGGGGAGAAGAGGAAAAAAAUAUUAUUAGAGAAUUAUCCGUGUUGACCUUGUUGUUGUUCCAACAAUUGCAAUCGUUACACAAUGUGCAGAAAUGGAUUCCUGUGGAGUUGACUCGGACCAACCCCGCGUCACCCACCAAGAUGCCAGCACCACCGCCGCCAUCAUCAAUGAAACCACGGUGGGGAAAGUCCGGCACGUCAAGGGACCGCGUCUCACACGGGCCCCAGAUUUAAUCUCACGCGGUCCCUGCCCACGUGAGAGGCCACCCCACACCCCCUUUAUGAAACGGGCCGCAAAGGAUAUUAACCCCCCCCCCGGCUCUGUCAUCCCAGUAAUGCAUGUGGAUACGCCACGGUUAGUCGAUCAGCAGGUUACGUGCGGUGGCGUAAAGUGUGUGGGUACUUUCAAGAGGUCUUGCCAGCAUGCGAGAGUAGGCCAAAGUCCUCUCCACCAGGAGCGGCGUGAGCAGGCACUUGCAACGGCUGACGUUUUUCCCCGCCGUUGAGUUUCAACACCUCACCGAAGGUCAAUCCUCUCGCCUCUGCUCGAGGCGACGCAACUGCAAUGUGCCGCGCCGUGCUCUCUCGUCCCGCCAUCGUCGCCGUCCGUGCGGUCGCCUCCAUCCCCCGCGACGGUGGCGAGCGGCCACGCUGCGGCCGCCCGGGGAGACUGGGGUCUGGCGGACUCCGGUUUAGAUCACCGGCAAGACGACGCUCCCGACCCACGGGCGAGCGACGUGGAAACUGCCGAGCCCCUUCGCUGACGAGCGCCGCCCGUGCCCCUUCUGGCUUUUGUGACGAGCCGCGCGCGUGCGUGGCAACUGGCGACUCUGUGCGUUUGUAGACAACCGGUAGUUUUGCUGCGGACGAUGCGUCGAUACGCCGCACGACGUGCGAUCCACGUGUCGUCGGUCAGCGGCGGGCUGUACUUGCAACUCGCCGGUUCCAUUUGAUCUCCAUCCGGCGGCGGCGGCGGCGGCGGCGGCAGUUGAAAACAACGGUGCAGGUUUCUUGUCAAAAUAAUCCCCGCCCCGCUCCACCGCUCCACAUGCGUCUGUCUGCCCCGCAGUACGAGUGCGUGCUUUACCGCAGGUCACGUGUGGAGGGGUAACGGUGUGUGAGUACUCCCACCUAUUCAAGGACGUCCGGCCAGUGUGGAAGAGUAGGCCAAAUACCUCUCUGGGGAGGAGGCCCUUCUCUCACCAGCGAUGUCAGCAAGUAAUUACAGGGUUGCGCCUUUUAUCUUUUUAUUAUUAUUAUCCCGAGAUAAAAUCGUAUCGCCCGUUCAUCAAAAUAUCAUUGCUGAUUAAUUUUUAUCAUUUUGUUUUUAUUUCCUGAAAAGGUAUUCGUCAACAAGCACGAUAUCAUACGUUACAAAAUCAAUUAACAUCCUUGCGUGAAGUUAGCGCUGUCCAAAAGGCAUCCCGGUGCACGUGGCAGCGUGGCGUUCACGAUGCCAUCGGUAUGUUUAUAGCACAGCCGUUCUUUUCGUGAUUCACUCAUAUCGCGUGCGCAACUGACAGCUCGUGCUCUGCAAGCAUUACACUUUGUAAAGUUGCCAUGAUUGUUCGGCCUAUUGACCAGCCCUAGGUUGAGCGAAAUGCAGCUGAGGAACAUUGAAGUCAACUUCACAUUCAGACUGGACGUGGGGCAAAAUCACGACGACGGUGCUACGCGACCUUGCCCGGUGACGCCGACAUGGCGACAGUCGUCACGGCCGAGAUCGUCGUAUCGUGGGAAAUGACAUCGCGGUAGGGGCGGGGGGCUGUGCCGGCUACGCCGCUGGCGCUGGCGUUAAAACCGGCAACUGCGGGAGGCUCGAUCGGUCCCUGGAUUCCCAAAACCCGCGGUGUGACCGGCCACGUCGCUCAGAACGCGCACCCCAACCCAACCCAACUCGGAAGCUCAGCGGGGUUGUUGGUCCCGGACGGCGCUCGGAUGACGGAGUGACCGCCGGGCGCACCUGGGUUUGUGUUGCGCGGCCGUGGAGCUGCGCUGCCCGGUACCCAACGAGCAUUGGGUCAACGUCGGGCCGACGUUGGGCACGUGGUUGGAACCGUUGGGCCCAACGUCGGCUCAACGUUGACGUGCGGUUGGAAACCGUUGGGGCCGACGUCGGGCACGUGGUUGGAACCAUUGGCGCCAGCGUUGGCUCGGCGUUCCCACGCUCACUGGGUACGUGGCAGUCGCCGUUGUACCGCGCUUCUACGCUCCCACGCCUGCGGCCCUCCGCCUCCACCAACCUGCGUUGGGUGGCGGCGUGCCAAAAUAACUAGCAGCGGCUUUAACCGGUUGCACGAAGCGCUGCCUCCCAUGCGCCGCAAUGACCUUGCGCGGGCAGUAUUAUUGGGCGCGUGAACGCGCGUGCAGGUGACCCCCUCGCCCCUCUCCCGUGUUGGAGGCGUCGUGGCGCGAGGGCCACCUCUGGUGCGCGGCGGCCCCCACAGCGGCCCCCACAGCGGCCCCCACAGCGGCCCCACAGUGGCCGAGCGCAGGACCGUGGUUUUGUUGCAGAUGCGCGCGCGUGCAGGGCGGUAUCGUAGGCCGGCGUGGAGGUGUCCAUAAUGUUUUGUUGGUGGACCGCCGCCGUCGUCGUCAUCGUCGUCGUCGUUGUCGUCGUUCGGUGGUGGUGGUGGAAGAGUUGUAGAACGCGACGGCGUGGUCCGAGGUGGUGGUGGUGGUGUAGUGGUGGUGUAAGAGGUGCGGAACGAGGCUUCUUGAGGCACAGGCACGGCUGCUAUCCUGUUACAGUCUCUGUCUAAAGAGGGCAAAUUGAAUCUGUUGGGGGGGGGGCAUCUGUCCGUAGCGGGUGAUGUAAUGAAUGUGUGUGCUGUGUGCAGGCGAGGUUUUUCUCAGUGUUAGUGGCCAUGUGCUGUGUGUGUGUGCAAUGUGUGUUUUGUGUGUGCUGUGUAGUGUAUGCUGUGUUCAUGCCGUGUGUGCUGCGUGUGUGAGUUAGAGCGGCAGCUCGGUGGUUGGUGCACCGCGCUACCAACCCGGCGGUCUGAGUUCAAUUCCCGCUCGGUGACAGAUAUGUGAACCGGUCCUGGGCCUCUCCUAGGUCGACUCGGACUCUAAUGAGUACCGCGCGUGUAUACCUAAGCCAAGGGUGGGGAACUUCC